AUGACUUCCGAGCCGCCCACGAAAAAAAAGUGCCUUGGCGCCGACUGUGAGAAUGAGGCCGGCUCGUUGCAAUGCCCUACCUGCCUGAAGCUCGGCGUCAAGGACAGCUUCUUCUGCUCGCAGGACUGCUUCAAGAAGAAUUGGAGCAACCACAAGAGCAUGCAUAAGUCACAGAGUAAUAUCCUCCACCACUUCGUCGCGCCGAAAGCAAUCUUACCAGACCCAGCUACUGGACUCUAUAACCCCUUCCCGAGCUUCCCCUUCUCGGGGACCCUGCGACCCGUUUACCCUCUGUCAGAGCAUCGAACCUUGCCCAAGACGAUCCCCCACCCCGUCUGGUGGCAAGAUGGCAACCCCAGAUACAGCCGCAACCUGGCCACCCGCAACAAGAUCGAGAUCCUCGACGCGGCUGGGCAAGAGGCAAUGCGGAAGAGCUGCCGACUCGCUCGGGAAGUCCUCGACAUUGCCGCCGCCGCGGCAAAGCCCGGCGUCACUACCGACUACAUCGAUGAGGUGGUCCACAGAGCUUGCAUCGAGAGAAAUUCAUAUCCCUCGCCCUUGAACUACAACCACUUCCCCAAGUCAUGUUGUACAUCGGUAAACGAGGUCAUUUGCCACGGCAUCCCUGACCAGCGCGUGUUGCUCGACGGUGACAUCCUCAACAUCGACAUCUCCAUCUAUCACGAGGGCUACCACGCCGAUCUCAACGAGACAUAUUACAUCGGCGACAAGGCCAAGGCCGAUCCAGAGAACGUUCGUGUGGUGGAGGCAGCUCGAGAAUGCCUCGAGGAGGCGAUCAAGGCAGUCAAGCCCGGCGUCCUCAUACGCGAGUUCGGCAACAUCAUCGAGAAGCACGCCAAGAAGAAGGACUGCAGUGUUAUCCGUACAUACUGCGGCCAUGGCAUCAACAAGCUAUUCCACUGCGCACCCAACGUGCCUCACUAUGCGAAAAAUAAGGCUGUCGGCGAGUGCAAGCCAGGCAUGACAUUUACCAUCGAGCCUAUGAUCGCCCUCGGCAAGUAUCGCGACAUCACCUGGCCAGACAACUGGACCAGCACCACCAUCGACGGCAAGCGGACGGCGCAAUUCGAGCACACUCUUCUUGUCACGGAAGACGGCGUGGAGAUCUUGACGGCUCGAAAGCCGGACUCCCCAGGCGGCCCCAUCACCAUCUCUGCGUCUCGCAACGGUGACAGCGCCGUUGCAGUACCAGCAUAG